UUUCAGUAAAAUAUGGGUCUCUUCUCGCAUCUCCUGACGAUGGGGCUUGGAGCAUACGCCGGAGCGUACUUUGCACAGAAUUAUGAGUUACAAAAGCUUCCAUCGGCCAGCGAGAUGAUGAAGAAUGUGGAAGACUAUCUGAAGCAAUACAAAAAGGAUCCAUGACACCACUCCCAUAAUCAAUCAAUAUCUAGAAUCUAAUCAUGAAUAAAUUUAUAUUUGCCACAAAAA